AAUCAAAAUUCAAAAUAAAAAAACCAAACCAUCUUCAAAAGAAGGAAAAAAAAUCUUAAAAACAAAGAAAACACACACUAACACAACCAACAAUUCAAAGUUACAAUCUUUUCAACAAUUUUCACAACCCCAUCAUCUUUACAACAUCAUCCAUGGAUGUUUAGUUCUCUCUGCAGUUCUGGGCAGUGAUGAUGGAUUUGGUAGGACCCACCAUGACCAGAUUGGUCGGGGAUUACAUAUUGGGUCCUAAAAUUGGGUCAGGUUCAUUUGCAGUUGUGUGGCGUUCUCGUCAUAGAAAUUCAGGUUUGGUUGUAGCAAUUAAGGAAAUUGAUAAGACCCAAUUGAGUCCUAAAGUUAGAGAUAAUCUUAUCAAAGAAAUUUCAAUUCUUAGUACUAUUCAUCAUCCUAAUAUCAUUCAACUCUUUGAAGUAAUCCAGACAAAUGAUAGGAUUUACCUUGUUUUGGAGUAUUGUGGUGGAGGGGACCUUUCUGCUUACAUUAAUCGGUAUGGAAGAGUUUCUGAAUCCGUUGCUCGACAUUUCAUGAGGCAAUUGGCCGCUGGGUUGCAAGUACUUCAAGAAAAGAACCUCAUACAUCGUGAUUUAAAACCACAGAACUUACUGUUGGCAGCUACAUCAGCGACGCCACUUAUGAAAAUAGGGGAUUUUGGUUUUGCAAGGUCUCUCACACCUCUGCAGUUGGCUGAUACACUAUGUGGUUCACCUUAUUACAUGGCUCCUGAGAUAAUUCAGAGUCAGAAGUAUGAUGCCAAGGUGACAAAUGAUAGAAAUGGGAUCAAAAUAUCGGUUAUUCCUAUUUUCUUUUGCAUUAUAAUUAAGGUAAUACUAUUGGUGCAGGCUGAUUUAUGGAGUGUUGGGGCAAUAUUGUAUCAGCUAGUUGUUGGGAAACCACCAUUUGAUGGAAAUAGUCAAUUGCAGCUUUUUCAAAAUAUUUUGGCAUCUACGGAACUGCAUUUUCCACCAACGAUUUUAAAAGAGAUACAUCCUGAUUGUGUGGAUCUUUGCAGAAGCCUUUUACGUCGAAAUCCAGAUGAGAGAUUAACAUUCAAGGCAUUCUUCAAUCACAACUUCCUACAGGAGCACAGGUCGGGCAUGGAUAUUGAGCAGUUUCAUUCAUAUCAAUCAGAAACCUCAAUGAUUAAUCAAGCACAUUUUGAGUAUCAUGCCGAGACUUUUGUAGAUGAUCCGGUGGUAGUCAGUUCAGCAGUCAAUGAGACCAUGCUUUUGCAAAAAAAAGGUGGCGAGAUCACAGCUGAUGGUGACACUAAGAAUGCUGCAGGUUUGACUCCAACUAUUGCACUCGAUAAGCCGGGAAAGUCCAUUCAUACUGACACUCAUUUGUCAAACCAAGCUCAAGUUUCUCAUUUAAUGGAGUCCAUUGAGAAAGGUUAUGUCCUCAUCAAUUCUCAUUUUGCAUCAUUGGAGGAUUUCUCUGUCUACUUUGAGGCAUCCAUGCAAGAAAAUCCCGCAAGCGGCAUUUCUAUCUCCCCUUCAAAGCGAACUAGCCUGGAAAUUAGAAAGCAAACUGAGGAUCUGCCGUCUUCCUCCACUGCCGGGUUAGACAAUUUUAAAAGCAAUGAACUUGAGGAAUUUGUAGCAUCCUUUGAAUUUGCUACCUUAAAGAAAGAGAGGGAAUUUUCUCUACUGCACCCUUCAAACAGGUUAGAGUUGUUACAUCGGUAUGUUCAAGUCCUUGGAGAACUUUCGCAAGAAAAGUAUAACACAGGAUUGUAUCUAGAAUCGCUUGCGGUUGAGUUGGUGGUUUUAGCUAUAUGGAAGAAAACUCUAGACAUUUGUAGCACUUGGUUAGACCCCAUUUCUGAGGGUGAGUUGCCUCGAAGCAGUUCAGUUAACGAGUCCAUAAUUGCCUGUGGAGACACGAGCUUAUCACAGACUAUGGAACGAAUAAAUUUUAGUGACCGUCUUUCCGCUUCCUUGUGGGCCAAACGUGGAUUUAUUAUUGCAGUUGAUCGUGCUGAGAAACUAUCAUCUCAUAUUCAAAACAUGGAUGGUACAGUUGAGAUGCCAGAUGCAGUGGAGAUUAUAUUCCAAGAAGCACUCUUAAUUGGGACAAAUGGUGCAGUAGAUGAGUAUAUGAAUAACAAAGAUAAGUCGGCUGCAUCUUACUCAAAAGCAAUGCUUCUACUUUCAUUUAUUGUGGGAGAAGCAGAGAACCUUCCACUGAACCCUCCAUUUUCACUUCUAGCCGAUGGUCAGAAGCGAAUCAUGCAAUAUAUUCGCAACUUGCAGUUUCGCAAAAAGUCUUUGUCAGAGUCCGCUUCAAAGGAAUGACAUACUCUUUCGUGAACGUAAAUAAAAAUAAAAAAUGCCGGUUUGUAUAUACAGUGUUCUUUGCAUCGCAACUUUUGGAAUUGGUGAUGCGGUUUGUUUCCGACUUAUAUGUUGACUUCCUAUUAACGUGGACAGUGACAACCUUUGACAGAUGCAGUAUUGUAUAUAGAGAUAUAUAUUUAUGAUGAAGAGAGACUUUGCUGUUAUUGGACGAUGUUAUGUAAAUAAUCAUGUUAAUUCUUUGACAUGGAAUUUGUAAAUAGUGUAUAGCUUAGUUGUACAAUUUUGAAAACAUUGAUCAAUGAAUUUGAAUUUCUUGGGAGAAAGUUUGAUUAAAAUUUUAAGCGAUUUACCUCCAAAUCUAGUGUAUUGAAGGAAUACUUUAAUUAUUCUGAAUGUUAUGAUAUGUUUUGUUAUAAUA